AUGUCGUUUGUCCACGUCCUAACGGCCUUGCUGCUUCUGCUGGUCCACGGCGGCUUCUCGUCGCCGGUGACAUCCUUCACCCCGUCCGACGUCGCCCAGAAUCCGGCCCGCCGAGAUGCUGCUACCACAUACAGCCCAUACACCCUCCCGCGGCUCGUCAUCUACUUCCAGACCACGCACGACGCGUCCGGCCGGCCCAUUUCGCUGCUGCCGCUCAUCACCGAAAAGGGCAUUGCGCUGACGCACCUGAUUGUCUGCUCGUUCCACGUCGGCGCCGACGGCGCGGCGCUGCUCCUCAACGACUAUCCGCCGUCGGACGCGCGCUUCCAGACGCUGUGGCGCGAGGUGCAGACGCUGCAGGCGGCGGGCGUGCGCGUCAUGGGCAUGGUGGGCGGCGCGGCGGCCGGGUCGUUUGCGGCGGACACGCUCGACAGCACCGACAGCGCGACGUUUGAGGCGGCGUACGGCCCGCUGCACGACGCCAUCGCCGCGUACGGGCUGCAGGGCAUGGACCUGGACGUCGAGCAGAGCAUGAGCCAGGCGGGCAUCACGCGGCUCGUGGAGCGCCUCGCCCACGACUUUGGCGACCGCUUCGAGGUCACGCUGGCGCCCGUCGCGUCGGCCCUGCUGCCGGGCGGCGGCGGGCCCAACCUCAGCGGGUUCAGCUACGCGGCGCUGGCCAGCACCAUCGCGGCGUCGCCGGCGGGGCGCAUCGCCUUUUACAAUGCGCAGUUCUACAACGGCUUCGGCAGCCUGGCGACGCCCGACGACUACGAGGCCAUCGCCACCAACAACGGCGUCUUCACCCCCCAGAACGUGCUCCUGGGCCAAAUCACGUCGCCCGCCGAGGGCGGCGACUACGUCGCGCCGGGCACGCUCAAGACGACAGUGGCGGCCCUGCGCGCCCACUACGGCACCGGCUCGCCGCUCGGCGGCGUCAUGGGCUGGGAGUACUUUGACAGCGAACCCGGCGGGUCGUCGGCGCCGUGGGAGUGGGCCCAGGACAUGACGGCCAUCCUGCGGCCCGGGCAGACGCCGGCCAUCGUCAUGACCCAGGCCGAGGCCGAGGAGCUGACGGCGACAUACAAAGCGAGCACAGUCCAGGCGCCCGGCAACAGUGGCGUUCAGCCGGCGGCGCAGGAGCCUGGCCUGGACUACCUGGCCAUGGUAAACGCGUGA